GCGGGCUGUGUUGGUCUCUAACUACUCCUUUGCAGUAUGUAGCCCAAGUAACUCCUGAGGCCCUUACUGCACAGCAAAGCUGUUUUUGGUUAAAACCCAGAACCCCAGCAACAAACUGCAAAGAAAAAUGGAGGGCUUAGAAAAGGACCAUCCUUACUCGGAAUCUUCCCAGCAGCCUCCACCAGCCAGAGAGGAAUACACGGUGCCAGGGGCCAUCACGCACCGCCUGAGAGACCGAGAGCUGCUGCGGAAGAGGAAAGCAGAGGCACAGGAGAAAGAUACUGCCCAGUGGGUUCUGGGAGCGCGAGGUACGAGCAAAGGGCCAAAGAGGGGCCGAGGAGCUGGGAGAAGAAGAGGGCGACAGCAGGGUACAGAGCCAGAGCCUCAGCCUGAAGUGCAAGAGGAGGUGGAGAAGGAGCCCCCAGAGAAAGCACAGGCCUCUCCAGGGCACCAUGAGGAGGAGCCCGCCCUGUCUGUGGCUCAAGAGCUGUUUGGUGGGACUCAGCAGGAGGUGGUGGAGGAUACUCUGCAUCCAGCAGAGCAUGGGGAAGAACCAAAGUCAGAAGAAGCAGGAACAUCAGAGGCUUUGAAUAUCCCUCUGGAAAAUGACCAUACAGAUAAUGGAUACUACCCCUCAGUUUUAUUUUGAUCUUUUUUUCCUUCCCAUUGCUUUGGGCAAAGUCCAGCCACUGUAGAAUGAUUUAGAUCUGCUAUUCCCGUGUGAGCAAUAAAAACUAAACACUUGCACCAUCGUCUCCCAUCAC